UCCGCGUUGUUUGUGGGUGUUCUCAGAGAGAAGAAAAGGAAAGCGUGUGUGGUGUCAUGUAGUAAAAAACAGUUGUAAACAGAAAUUUUCAAAAACUUGUGCAUAGAAUACACACCCUCUCUUGAGUCUCAAAGCUGUCGUUGUUGUGAUACAUUUUAUUUUUUAAGUUUCGGGUGGACGACGUGCAAGUGCAUUAUGGUGAGGACGUAAAACAUUUUUUGAGAGCUGCUAGAUACUGAGAAGAGGAAAAGACGCAAGUUCCAAGGGGGUGGAAAAAUGGAGCUGCAGGGCUUGGGUAAUCCGAUGGCCGGGGGUACGAGGCUCAUCGACCACAUCGUCGGGGAGGUCAAGUCCCAAGGUAUAUUUGACAAGUUCAGGAAGGAGUGCAUCGCCGAUGUCGACACCAAGCCUGCAUACCAAAAUUUAAGGACAAGAGUGGAAGGUUCCGUCAAUUCAUUUUUGAACAAACAAACUUGGAGAACCGACUUGAAUAAAACUCAGUUGCGUGAGACCUUGCGCAAGCACAUACACGAGGCACCAUAUCUUGAAGUUGGUGUAGAGAGAAUAGUAGAUCAGGUGGUCAACCCAAAGGUUUACUCAAACUUUAUGCCUAAAGUUGAGGAUGUGGUCUACAAGUUUUUAGGUAUCGAGAUGCCAAAGGCCCAGAGAAAUGGAACGUGUGAAUUAAAGGACUUGUUACCGAAAGAUUUGGAUCCCGUUUCACCCGAGUCUGACAGAAAUAGUUUGAAAGACGCGUCUUUAGGGUCCAUGGACAUGGAUGACGAGACAAACGAUGCAGUCAACAGUGGCGAGCAACAGCACAGUAGCAUCAACGUUGAAGAAAAAGAAGAAAAAGCUCACGUCACAGAAGCUCCAAUAAAUAAAGAAGAGCUUGUUGAAAAAGAGGAGCUUCAACAACUUAAGCAGGAGGAUGACAUUAAAAAGGAUGAAAGUGAUGUUGAAAAAAUUACAGAAGAGGUCAGUCAACAAGUUGAAGUUAGUUCACCGGUGAAGGCUGAUCUUAAUUGUUCCUUCAAGUCCGAUGAGACAAACAAAACAGAUGAAGAAGAAGAAGACAGUCCGGCUUUUGAGCCUAUUGACCUUAUGAACAUGAUAGAGUCGAACAUGUCGAACGACUCGCACAUGUCUGGCAUUUCCGAACUGACAAGCCACAGAUCCCGCAGUCCAGACUUUAUGACGGAAUUCUCACGUGACAACUUUGACUUCAGUAAUCAGGAUUCUCAACUGAGUAAGGUAUCAUCUGGUUCUCGCUUGUCGAUCGUCACUGAUUUUGGUUCCUCAAAUCACGCCUCGACUCCAGCACCGGACUCUAAAGAUGACUCCAAAGGUGCCAAAGAUGAUUUUAAGAGCAUUAGAGAUAUGGACUCUAGCAAAGACAAGUUCAAUUUUGAUGCCAUUAAAAGUAAGGAUAAAGAAAACAGCAAGAUAAGUAACUCGUCCAAAGAAAGUUCUCGCGAUGCCUCUGAUUACAGAGAGAGAGGCAGGGAGCAAUCAAGAUCAAAAUCAUCAAGGGAUAGACAUGAUUCGAAAAACAGCAGGGAGAGAGAUCGCGAUUCAAAGAGAUAUCCCAGCAGUAAAUUUGACAAGCAAUCGCAGAGUAGAAGCAAAGACAAACACGAGUCUUUGGAUUCGAGCAAGAAUCGAGAUGGCAAGUCCAAGGUGACAGAAAAAAAAGAUGAUACGCUCAAUGAAGCCAGAGACUUGAAAGACCUUUACAAGGAGAAAAUACGAGAAUUGUGGGAGAAAAAGGAGCUUACCGAGAAGGAGAAACUUGGCAAAGAUCACAAGGAUGCCGUCAAGAUUAUUAAUAACAAGGACAAAAACACCAAGGACAAGAAGGAGUGUUCGACCUCGUCCCGAGAAAAAGAAGACAAUCGUAGGAGCCACAAGUCCUCGUCAUCCUCGUCGUCCCGGAGCUCAAGCUACCACAAGAGCUCCAAGGACUCUCGUGACCGUAGCAGCAGCAACAGCAGCAGUAACAAGCGAGAUGAUCGCCGAAACUCUAAUGGCAAGUCAUCUUACUUGAACUCUCGCAGCGGCAAACGAGACUCAAAGUCUGAUAAUCACAACCACGACAGCAGUAAGAAGCGCCGCACCGAUAAAAAGUCGCUGGACGACCACUCGAGCCUUCGCAAGAACUUCAAUGACCGAAGGUCGAGCGACAGGGAUGGUUCUAACGGCUCGAGCAGCAAGUACUCGCACAAGACAAACAGUAACUCCUCCAACAACCGGCUCGGACCCUCGACGAGUUUUCCCAUUGACAACAACAAGUAUCACUCUAGUGGUGAAACGUCGGAUAACGUCCACGAUUCCCUGCACAUGAUGUCUUUUGGCUUAGACAAUCAGCCAAGGCGCGUGGAUCUUGGUAACGCCGAAAUCUGUCUCCCACUGAAGAAGAGACCACUGCAGAGCGACGAGUCGUCCUCGAGUGAGAGUCCAGAGAAGAAACCCAGGGUAGAAGAGAAAAAGGCCUUGACGAGGAAAAAAGUAGAGGACGUAUUCAAGACCGACGAGGAUGUGACUAGUGUUCCGGAUGAAGAACGCGUUCAGAUCAUCGAAAUCACGGAAGAGGAUUACGAGCAGCCCUACUCGGACAAAGAGGAACCCAUUCUGUCGUUGGAGGAAACGAAGAAUAUUAUUUUCAACGCUGAACCUAUUGUCAAUCCUAUUGAAACUCCUGCACCGUCGAAACUAUCAGAAAUGGAGCAGUCCAUCCGAGAUUCGUUGAGCGAGAUGAUGUCGAAUCAUGGAUUUGCGGAGCCCGAGAGUGCUCUCAACUGCCGUAAGCUGAUUCCUGUGAUCGACUCGACGAGCAGCUUGAUAGAAACUCUUACUGAUGAGUCUUUGGAAGCUUCGUUAGUGGAUUCUACAGGCAACAUUAUUAUCCCACAAGAUAUCAGUGCAAGUACUGAUUUCAAAGAUAAAGAGCUGGAAGAUAUAGAAACAGUUCAGAAAUAUUUGAAUGAGAACAACCCUUCAAUAGCGAGGGACGAAGCAAAGCAACUAGAAGCCAUGGAAGAGUCUGGCUUGUCGGAAUUAGACCAAGUGAACGAGUACUUGAGAAGAAGUAUGGAAGUACCAAUCGAAAGUGUUGGCAGAGAAGAAAUAAAAGACUUGUGCGAGGAUCGCGAAGUACUCGGUGAAAGUGUAAAAGAAAGCAAGGAAGAUGAAAGGGAAGUAGAUGUGAGAACUGCAGAGGAAAACAUGGAUAUAAAUGUUGGAACAAACAGCUAUGAAGUAGCAGAAAAUAGUAAUGAAGACGAGAACCGAGUAGAUGCAAAUACCAAAGUUGAAAAAAUGUUUGAGAAGGUUGUUAUGGAAGACAGUGGCAUGGUAGAAGAAUACAUAGACAAAAUAGAAAAACAGCAGAUAGAUGUUAAUACUGAAGAUAUAAAGGUGGAUAGAGAUCAUGAAGUAGACAGUGAAAGAUUAGAAGAAAACAGCAAGGCAGAUGAGGAUAUUGAAGUUGAAAAGAUGGAUGAUGCUACUGCUGAUUUGGAUAAAAUUACUAAUGUUGACGAAUGUGAUAAAGAAUCUGGCAAAGAGGCCAACAUAGACACACAGAUAGCAGAUGUAGGGGAGUCUCUGGAUAAAACGAGCCAAAAUGUUAUUUCUGAUAUGUCUGAGACAAAAGAAAAUCUCGAGGCUGAUGAAACUGACAUGAAAUCAGAGGUACAAAAUGCGCCGGAAAAGUCAAAGCAGAACACAGAUAAACAUGAAAUGAGCCAACAUGUUAUUUCUGACGUGCUCGAGAAAGAUGAUUGUCUUGAGGCUGAUAUUGUAGACAUGAAAUCAGAGAUAAAAAAUACACUGCAAGAGUCAGAACAGAGCACAGACAAAGACGUAGAAAUAAAAGAAUCUUCAGGACCUGAAGAUCAAACCCAGAUGAGGCUGGUUGAGGUUGACCCAAAUAUCCCAGAAUCGGAGGAAAAUGAUAUUGUAAAUGACGAGAGCAUAGACAACAGCACAAGUGAUGAGUGUAAUGAGGAUAAACUGAUGAUUGAUGAAGAGUUUGAUGAAAAAGAUCACGAAAGUAUUGAUAUAGGGAUCGAUUUGAAAGUAAAAACUGUUGAUGAUCAAGAAAAUGACAGCGAUGAUGCGCAUUUUGAACCAAGUGGUGUACAAGACGAUAGUGACCCUUCGAUUGACACAAACAGCAAAAACGUAACAGAAUUCAAUAAGGAUGAGAAAAAUAAUAAUUCAUCUGAGGAAAAUAGAGCAAAAUCAGUAGAAAACCUUGAAGAAAAUAUAAGCAAUAUAGUAGCAGAUGAUGAAAAACUAGUUGAAACAAAUCAAAGUCAUACGGCUACUGAAGCAAUAACAAAAUCUUAUGAUGAAGAAGAAAUUGAUCUGAGUAAAAAUGCCAUUGAAAAUCAAAUUGAAGAUGCUACAAUUUCAAAAGUUGGGCUUGAUGAAGUAGCCCCAAAGUUAGUUGAAGAUGAUCCGAUUUGUGCGACAUCUGUAAAGGAUAAAAACACCAAAGUAACAGAAAAUAUCUAUGUACCAGAAGUACUACCAGAGAAAAUUGACAUAAAAAUUGAAAUAAAACAAGAAGUUGACACAGAAGACGAUGAUAACGAGAUGCAAGAAAAUAAAUUAACAAUCGUCUGUGAUGAGAGCCAAAAUGAUAAAAACAAAUCCAUGUCUGUGUGCGAAAAUUUGAUUGAUUCGAAAGAGGCUGAAACCUUUGUAAAAAUAGAAUUCACUCCUAAGCCAGAAACAGAUACCUUGCAUUCAGAUGCAGUCUCGCUUGGUGUCAUUAGCACGCCAUUGAUACCAAAUAGACAGGUAGAAUCUCCCGUCGAAGAGGAAUGUCGGUACUUUGAAAACAAUAACCAUGACAAAUAUCUACGAUUCAAGGAAUUUUUGGACAAACUCGAGGCCAAUCCCAGUAAAAGCUCCAAAAGCACUGUCAAGGGAAAAAGAAAAAAAGCCGUGCCUCCGUCUGUCCCAGCUGCCCCAGCUACGCAGUCUACUCUCAAACGCAAACUCACACCCAGCCCACUUUCUGAUAAUCUCAUUGCUAACUCAAGUUACAGUGUUGAGAGUUUAGGUGCAAACGCUGGUCCUAAAAAGUCAGGUGAAGACACUGUUGUGGUGAUUAAGAAACGUAAACCUGGAAGAGCUAAGAAGGUCAACAGUAAUGCUGCCCAAGUAGUUGUAGUGCAGCAACAUCAACAAGUCGAAUCCACAGGGGAUCAAAAACCCCAGCUUUUGGAGGUACUUCCAACUCCUGGUGCUGUAGUCAAUGGAGAGAACAUUAUGAAUAUUGAUAAUGAUGGAGAUAAAAAUGUCACUGUAAAGGAUGACAAAGAAAAAAACAGGAGUAGGCAGCGAUAUUCAAGUGACGAUCUGUACAAACCACGACCACUAUUUCCGAGUUCGUCACGACGUAACAGGCGUUUUAAUAAUAAUCAGACGUAGCCGUCACUUCCGGGUCAGUCACACGUUGGCCGGCCACCUUUUUACCUCAAAGAGGCAUUUGUUAUCCUCCAAGAUGUUAUUCUCAGUGCCGAAGCCACGGAC